CAAAGAAACAAUUCAAAGAAAAACACAAAUACACGUACACUUCCAACCAAAAGCUCUAUAUGGCAACUUCUUCAACUCUAUUCAUUCAAGAAUUCACUGAGAACUUCCACUACUCAAGAAGACUACUUCUAAUACCAACUACAGUACCACAAAACCACCCGGAGGCCACCAUGGCGCCACCUCCGGCCGCCGAAAUCAGCCACGUCAACACAUUUGAUGCAAAUGUUAUUAUGGUCUUGUCAGUACUUGUAUGUGCCUUGAUUUGUUCACUUGCCUUGAAUUCAAUUAUCAAGUGCGCAUUAAGGUGCUCCAGCCAGCUGGUAUCAGCGCCGGACUCAUCCUCAAACCAUAGAAAUCCUUCAGCACCAAAGCUAGCUAAUACAGGAAUCAAGAAAAAAGCCCUCAAAACAUUCCCGGUUAUAACUUACACUACUGAGUUGAAACAUCCAGGGCUCGACACUGAGUGUGUAAUUUGCCUAUCAGAAUUUGGAAUUGGAGAAAAAGUUAAGGUUCUGCCAAAGUGUAAUCAUGGCUUCCACGCCAAGUGUAUCGAUAAAUGGCUAAAUUCACACUCUUCUUGCCCUACUUGUAGGCAUUGCCUGAUUGAAACUUGUCAAAAAAUUGUUAAUUCUUCUACUACAAGCUCAAUUGCUAACCCUCAUAUACUUAGCAAUACCUCAUCUGCAGUACCAGUCCGAGAAACUAUCAUAAGGAUUGAACCUCUCCAACGUGAAGGUGUGGUGUCUAACAAUCAACAUUAGGUAGAUAUAUAGGAGUAUUAUUCAUUGGUAUGCAUCACACUCAAUUAGAAUUAGCUUAGCUUUUUACUUAAUAGUUUAGUUGUUUUUUUUUCCUUGUUGGAAGAGUUUUUGUGAGCUAUAGCUAGUAUGAGGCCAACGGCAGUGUAAUUUUCAUAUGAUUCAUUAGUCCUGCAAGUGUAUAUAAAAAUUAUAUUUUAUUUC